AUGGCCGAGGAGUUCCACCUGCAUCAAGUCUUUCCCGCGCUGCUGAAGCACGCCGACGCCAAGUUAUCGGCCAACGGCCAAGACUUGGGCGGCGAGGUGCUCAGCUCCUCGCGCUUGGGCUUCAGCGGGACGCCCAACGACUUGCUGCCGCGCUCCUUGGGUCAGUGCCGCUACGCGCAAGGUGACGAUGCCAAGAUGUUGACGACCCUCUCGGAUCCGCUCGUGGUGCAAGUCUCCCUCGUGGAAGAGGGCUGGAACGCCCAACGUUUGCUGCAGCGGGUCGCCACUCACCAGCCGCCCUUGAAUGCGUUGAUAGAUGUGGGGGCUUUGAUUACUGGCUUGAGCAACGAACAGGUGGCCCGUGCAUUGCUGGACUAUGGCUUGCCCUUUGAGGCGGUGGUCUUCUGCGACAGCGGCGGCGGGCAGCAGCUCUUACGGCGGACGUCCGCCACGGCGGUCAAGGUCUCCAACUGCACCUUGCCACUUCAUCGACGCUUCGUCUUCUACGACCAGGUGCACACCACGGGCAUCGACAUCCGACACCCCGCGCACGCGUGUGCCGCCCUGACCUUGGGGAAGGACUCCACCUUUCGUGACUUUGCCCAGGGUGCAUACCGCCUGCGGGGAAUCAAGAAGGGCCAACGGUUGCAGGUGUUGGUGACUCCAGAGGUGGCGGCACGCAUUGAGGAAGAAGUGCCCAUGGCCAAGCGCGACAGCGACCUGGACGCGGCGUCACCACCACAGGUGUCCAUGCUGGACAAGGUUUGUGCCUGGCUAUUGGUCCGCCAAGUCUCUGCCGAGCAGACGCAGCGGCGGCUGCUCUCGCGGCAAGCGGUGCAGUACCAAGGGAGGCGCUAUGCCUACGAGACGUUGAUGAAGAAGAUCCGCGCAGGAGAAGCAGGUACUUUGCAGAAGAUCUAG